GGGGCAGACUUUUAUAUAAAAAAACCUCUUCUCCCACCUCUUGCAUCGCUAACAAAAUUCACAACAUGUCUGACAUUGAAAACCAAAUCCCGGUAAAGGAACAAAUUGCUCUCAACAACGAUUCAAGCUUUGUGCCAGCUUCUGUCACUAAAAUUAAGACCGAAGGUGACUAUAUUCAAUUUGGCCAUGAAAAAUACUUGAAGUCGGAAUUAGUGGAUGCUUUCGGGGGUGACUUUAACCCAGGUUUACUGCCACCUCCCAAGCAUGACUUGGCCAACCCUUCUCCCUUGGGACUUAGUGCCUUUGCAUUGACGACAUUUGUAUUGUCGUUGAUCAAUCUUGAAGCCAGGGGUGUCACCAUCCCUAAUGUGGUGGUGGGGUUGGCAUUCUUCUACGGAGGAGCCACUCAGCUUGUGGCUGGGAUGUUUGAAAUUGCUGUCGGCAACACUUUUGGUGGUGUCGGUUUGUCUUCAUACGGGGGUUUCUGGUGUGCGUGGGCAGCAUUCUAUGUUGAAAGUUUUGGCAUUUCAGCUGCUUACACGGAUGAGCGAGAAUUCCAUUUUGCAGUGGCUAUUUUCCUUUUGGGGUGGUUUAUAUUCACAUUUUUCUUGAUGCUUUUGACGUUGAAAUCUACGGUGGCAUUUUUCUCCAUCUUCUUCUUUUUGUCCAUUACGUUUUUGUUGUUGGCAAUAGCCGACUUCCAGAAUUCUGUUCCAGUGAAGAAAGCGGGAGGUGUGUUUGGAUUACUCACUGCGUUUGCGGCGUGGUAUAAUGCUUAUGCUGGUCUUGCUAAUAAGCAAAACUCUUAUGUGACGGUGAAGGCGAUCCCAUUACCUGAUUUAGAGGGCAAGAAGUAUAAGUGAUAUUUAUUUAUUUAUUAUGUUAAUGAUUUGUUCUGCAAAGUUCCGGCCCCACCGGUUGGUGAGUGUAGAGAGCGGUCUGUCGGAUGUCAGAAGAACGUUGUACGACAGAUGUCAUGGGGCUCUAUAUCAAACUAGCAUUCACUCGAGGAAUUCAUUGAGCUCUAUAGCAUGCUGCCAUUCACUAACGAUCGUUUCCGUGCGUUUUGUCCCGUCCUGGGAUUUUAUUCUCCUAUGUUCUUGUUUGCUACAUGUAUAUUCUGCCAACCAUUCUUAGUAUACGUCAAUUAUAUCUUCUCAUCUUCGUU